UUUAGUUGUGGAAUCAAUUCAUUCAUUUGACCUCACUUUCGUAAUAUGAAGAACGAGCACGAUUUACCCUUCGUGUAUCUGGAGACCCAAUUGCUUCUUCCCAUGGCCUUGUUGGUGUGGGUGUAGCAUUAGUUUCUAAAACAGAACAGUUUCAGAGUGAAUUCCAAUAGACAGUCACAUGCGAUUUGUCCGACUAAACGAGACAUUAAGAACUCGACAAGAUGGAGAUACAUGCCAUUGCCUCAUAGUUGUCUCUACCUACGCUCCCACUGCUUGCAGCUCAGAUAAAGUUAAAUUUUAUAGAAAGCUGUCCAACCUUUUACAAAAAGCUGCAAAUGCUGAUGUGAUAAUCGUGGCGAGGGGUUUUAGUACACAAAUAGGUCAACUAAACCAAACUGAAAGACAUUUAGUCGGAUCUUGCGACGUUGUGGCUCAGCGAAUAGAUAAUGGCUAUCGUCUGUUGCAACUAUCUUCAGAUAAUUGUCUAUUUCUAGCGAACACCAACUUUAAACAUAAGGCCAAAUAUGAUUUGAUUUGGCGACCACCACAGUUGACUCAUAAAUGAACUCAAAUAGAUCACAUUGCUGUUAGCCAUCGUUGGAGG